UAUGAAAGUUGAAAACGUCACGUCAAUGGAGAAGUGUCUUGGUGGUAUUGCAGAGCUUGCAGGACGGCGCAGAUCAAGUCUCGCUGAUGAACUCCAAUGGAAAAUGUGGGAGAAAAGUUUGAAAGUCGGCAUCAGGAGACACGACGGCUAUUAUCAGCUGCGUGACAGACGCCAUGCACCGCUUGCCAAGUCGACGGGUUACCAUGGCAACCACUGGGAGGUUGAAGCUGAUAAUCUUGAGCUUGGAACAAGGAGACUGACAGUCCGAGCUGUUGAUGAAGCCGUUAUGAAACGCCGUGACACACUCGUCCAAAGUGAGGCAGAGCUCCAGUUUCUAGCCGCCAAACGACUCGAGAAACUGAACGAGGAAUUCUUAAAAACAAUCCGUGCAAGUCAGAAAAGCCACAACAAGACAUACGUGCAGGAAUGUGAGCGAUGCUCUGAGCAUUACGGGAUGGUCCUCGAGGAGCUGCUGCAUUAUCAUAACUCAAACACGGUCGAGGAAAUGGCCGAGAUCGAGAGGGAACGAAGGAUGAAGUGGAUCGGACAACUCACCGUCGCUGAUGUGGAUCGUGAAGCUGAAGUGUACCUCCGAGAACUUGCUGCUACCAAUGAGAAAAUGGAUGUUGUCCGAGCUUCGCUGAUGGCUGCCAUGAGAACUAGAAAGGUUGAAAUGGAAUCAAUAAGAGAAGAAGAAGAAGAUCACGUCCGCGACUUUAAGGACAAAGUGAUGAGAGAGAUGUUGUGGAGGGAGAAAGAGAAAAAGCUCAAGGAUGAGUUGUUGUUAUUUCAGAUGGAGUUGGCGCGAGAGGACAUGAUCCGUGAUCGUGAUUUUAUCUACAACUCUGAAUGUCAGAUGUGCCAGUUCCACACCUUCCAGUUGGUGAUGAGGGAGCUCCUCCUCUCUUUCAAACACACAGAGAAACUCGCUCGGAUUGAGAAGGAGAAGAAAGAGUUGGCGAUCCGAGAGAACAAGGAGGCCCUGCUGGAGGAGCUAAGAUUUUGGUUGACCCGCUGUAACGUCUUCACAGCCUGUGCCUCGGAGCGGUCCAGUCGUGUACGCCGUGCAGAGAGUGAGCGGCUGGCGCCACCUGAUGUAAAGGGGAGGAGUGCCAUCCUUGCUGUUCAUGAAGAGAUGAUCUUGGACUAUUUUAAAGGUCGGAGGCUCCUGGCCACCAGCAAGACCGCCAUUGUUCCGUCUCUUCCUACCGAUCAUGACCGUAAACUCUACCAGAUCCGGACAAGAGCCAGAAUAAGAACACCGAUUAUUGCCGGCAGAAAUUUUCCUACUGUUAAGAAGUAAUUUAAUCGACUUGUGUAAGUUCAUAUAAGACG